UCAAAUUGGCUCAGUCGUGCUCGAGUUGUCCACCGAGUUGGACGUGCAUUUCGCUCUCUCUCGGUCUCUGAUCAACAGAAUACCCGGUGAAAAGAACAAUAUAAGAACAAGGACAAGAACAUUAAAAAUUGUGAAAAAUGGGGGGGAAAAGUAGUAAAGCAGAUAUCGCCAAAAUGGGAAAAGUCGAGGAUAGCAAGAUGGCCGAAGCAAACGGGACAUAUAACUCUGAAGGGGGCGAUAAUAUCGAUAAAGGUGGUGGCGAAAAGAACGGAAAGAACAAGAAGGACAAGGACAAAGACAAAAAGGAAGAACCCGCCAUUCCUCCCGUCCCUUAUCUGCAUUUGUUCCGCUUCGCCACGACGAGGGACAAGUUUUUAGCGAUUGUCGCCUUCCUAGCGGCCGCCGUUUGUGGGGCGAGUAUGCCCUUGAUGGUUAUCUUUUUCGGAAGGGUGACCGACGUCAUGGUCAACGAUGGGAUGAAUUUGACAGAAAUCUGUCCCGAUAGACCGCCCGAGGAGGAAGGGACUACGAUAAGCUUUGAGGACAUGAUGAGAAAAUUAAAAGAAAACUUUCUCGGCGAAGUGGAAACAUUUUCGAUAAGUCUGAGCAGCUUGGGGGCAGGCACAUUUUUUUGCAGUUACAUCUUCAUCACGCUGUUUAACAUUGUGUCAGAAAAUAUUGCUUUCGAAGUACGGAGGCAAUACUUGCAAGCCCUCCUGCGGCAAAACGUCGGCUGGUAUGAUACCGUUCAGGACAAGAAUUUCGUCUCCAGAAUUUCAGAAGAUUUAGUCAAAGUGAAGGAAGCCACUGGUGAAAAAGUUGGUCUAUGCGUCUUCUUCAUGUCGACAUGUUUCCUCUCCUUGGCUAACGCUUUCUGGCACGGGUGGAAACUCACCUUAGUCGUCCUCUCGUCCGCCCCAGUGCUCGCCAUUGCUACAGGAAUCGUGGCCGGAAUCCAGUCCAAACUGGCCACCGAUGAACAAUCCAGCUACGCCAAGGCCGGCAACGUUGCGGAAGAAGCGCUCACCAAUGUCAAAACCGUCAUGGCCUUUUCCGGCUCCGAUAAAGAAAUCGAACGCUACGAAGACGGUCUCAUCCAGGCGAAAGCCGCGGCCAAAAAGCGCGGCGCCAUCUCCGCCUUUGGCGUUGGCCUUAUGUGGUUCAUCAUCUACGCGUCGUACGCCCUCGCCUUCUGGUACGGAACCAAGCUCAUUUUAGAAGGACGGCCCAAACUCUGUCGAGGCGAGGACCCCGAAUACACCGCGGAAACGAUGCUUAUCGUUUUCUUCUCCGUACUCAUGGGCGCCUUCAACAUUGGUCAGAGCGCCUCAUACUUUGAAGCCUUCGCCGUCGGGAGAGGUUCCGCCGCCGUGAUUUAUUCUAUAAUCGACCGAAUUCCGGAAAUCGACUCGUACUCGGAGGAGGGCAAGAAACCCGCGCAACGAUCCCGGGGUCGACUUUCCUUCAGAAAUAUAAACUUUCAAUACCCGUCCCGGCCGGAUGUCCAGAUUCUGAAAAAUUUCAACCUUAACGUCGAAUCCGGUCAGACCGUGGCGCUUGUGGGGCACUCGGGUUGCGGGAAGAGUACUGUUCUUCAAUUACUGCAACGAUUCUAUGAUCCGAUUCAAGGACAGGUGUGCGUUGAUGGCGAGGACAUCAAGAAUUUGCAUUUGGGUUGGCUCAGAUCGCAGAUUGGGGUCGUGUCCCAAGAACCUGUCCUUUUUAAUACGACGAUCCUGGAGAAUAUUCAGUACGGGAGGGAAGACGUGACGCUAAAGGAGGUCGAGGAAGCUUGUAGGCAGUCAAAUGCGCACGGGUUCAUUUGUAAAUUACCGAAUGGGUACGAAACCGUCGUGGGAGAUCGAGGCGCCCAACUUUCCGGGGGACAGAAGCAGAGAAUCGCCAUUGCUCGCGCCCUCGUCCGGAACCCGGCCAUUUUACUGCUUGACGAAGCCACCUCCGCGCUCGACACGCAAUCCGAAUCCGUCGUCCAAGCCGCCCUUGAUCGCGCUCGACAAGGCAGAACCACCCUCAUCGUGGCACAUCGUCUCUCCACCAUCCGCGGAGCUGAUCUCGUCGUUGCAAUUAACGAUGGCGACGUGGUGGAGAAAGGGACGCACAAAGAACUCCUCGCCGCCAAAGGGCUUUAUCAUGGCCUCGUCCUGGCGCAAAUGCAGGGACGCGGAGAGGACAUUGAUGAAGAAAGUGACGAAGAAGACAUGGCCGAGAAGCAAAGAAUUUUAGAAAAAACGUUGGAGGAAACGAGACGAAAGAGUUUCACGGCGCUCGAUGAUGACGAAGUUAUUCCGCAUUCCGGCAUUGUUUCGGAACACUUGAUGGAUGAGAAAGACUUGGCCAACGAAGCCCCCAUGAUGCGCUUGAUCAAGAUGAACUCGCCCGAGUGGAAGCAAAUCGCGGUGGGGAUUGUCAGCUCGAUCCUGCAAGGCGCCCUCCUCCCCUGUUACGCUAUCCUCUUUGGCGAAUACAUGAAAAUUCUUACGUACCCGGACGACGAUGCUGAACGGAACGCCAACCUGCUCGCCAUCCUUUUCCUCGUUCUCGGAAUUGGCGCAGGUGGCGCCAUGUUUUUGCAAAUGUUCAUGUUCGCCCUGGCUGGAGAAGCGCUGACGGCUCGGUUAAGAAAGGAUACGUUCCACGCCAUGUUAAAGCAAGAGUUGGGAUGGUAUGACGAUCCAAACAACAACGUGGGCGCAUUGUGUGCACGAUUGAGUGGAGAUGCGGCGCAUGUUCAAGGGGCUACCGGAAGUCGUGUCGGUAUUAUUGUCCAAUCUAUCGCUACCAUCGCUAUCGCCGUCGGUCUCGCGAUGUACUACAAACCCACGCUGGGUCUGGUGGCCAUGGUCUUCGUCCCGUUCGUCAUUGCGGCCACAUAUUUCCAAAUGCUGCUCAUGAUGGGGCACGAUCUCGGGGAAAAGAAGGCGAUCGACGAAGCGUCCAAAAUUGCCGUCCAAGCCGUCGGAAAUAUCAGAACGGUGGCCAGUUUAGGAAAACAGAAAUCUUUCGUGCAGACUUUUAAUGACAUUUUGAAGUCGUCUCAUGCAAAAAUUGUAAAGAUGGCACAUCUUCGCGGAGCCGUGUUUGGUUUUGCGCAGUCCGUCCCGUUCUUUGCGUAUGCAACGGUCAUGUAUUAUGGUGGAUAUUUAGUGGAGAAUGAAGACUUGGCUUUCGACAAAGUCUUCAAAGUUGCAGAGGCUCUCAUCUUUGGAACAAUGAUGGUCGGGCAAACCAUGGCGUUUGCACCGAAUUACAAUAAAGCUAAGGUUUCCGGGGCCAGAAUUUUGCGACUUUUGGACAGGAAACCAGCAAUCGACAGCUCGCCAGGAGUUGGACUUCAAAUUAGGAACAGUUCCGGCUCCGUGCUCUUUGACCGGGUCGCCUUCGCCUACCCGACCAGGCCGACUGCCCGCAUCUUGCGCAGCCUCUCGUACGGGGUAGAACCCGGUAAAAGCGUCGCUCUCGUGGGUCCUUCCGGCUGUGGAAAGUCGACCUGCAUCCAACUCAUCCUCCGCUACUACGACCCACUCUCCGGCACCGUCAAGUUUGACGAGCAAGACGUCGCCUCCCUCAACGUGGACGCGCUCAGGUCGCAAAUGGCCAUCGUCGCCCAAGAGCCGGCCCUUUUCGAUAGAACGAUCGCUCAAAAUAUCGCGUACGGCGAUAACUCCAGAGUCGUCCCGAUGGAGGAAAUCAUCGAUGCCGCGAAACAAGCAAAUAUUCACAGCUUUAUUGCAUCUCUUCCUGCCGGGUACGAAACCCGCGUCGGGGAAAUGGGGACACAGCUCUCUGGUGGACAGAAGCAGAGAGUCGCCAUAUCUCGCGCCCUCGUCCGCAAACCAAAACUGAUCCUUCUCGACGAAGCGACCUCUGCGCUGGACACGGAAAGUGAGCAAGUCGUCCAAGCCGCCCUGGACGCCGCGUCCGAGGGACGAACCAGUAUAACCAUAGCCCACAGGUUAUCCUCAAUUCAAAACGUGGACAGGAUCCUGGUCAUCAAUCAGGGCGAGUUGUACGAAAGUGGGACGCACUCAGAGCUGCUGGCCAAGCAGGGCUUAUACUUUCGACUGUGGAACAUGCAGGGUCAACAUGCCAGCGGAAAUCAUGCGUCUUAACUUUACCUUAAUUUUAAUUAAAUAUUUACGUACGAGUAUUAAAUUCUAGUUAAAUCUGAUAAUUUAUUUAGUUACGAAAAGAUGAAUGACAAUGCAAACGUGCUACACAUUCUGGACGAAAUAAUAAAAAUACAAUUUUUACAGAAAAAUUAAA